ACUAAGCGGCAACGUGGUCGCUUCUUUUGCUGAGAAGAAAGGAAUAGAGUGAAGAGGAUGUCUUGCACUCAUGAUCACAGCUGCGAAGACCACAAUUGCGCAGCGGAUUGGUCGCUUUACAAACACAUUAAACUAGAACAGGUAACUUCUUUGAAUGAAUCAGUUGCUGAAAGCGUCAAAUCCAUUUUCAAGCCGUGGGAUCGCCGGUUAGAUAAUUCAGAGGGCUUUUUGGAAAGUAAUGAGGGUGAUCCGGAGCUACUGGUUUUCAUCCCGUUUACAUCAGUUGUUAAGAUCAAGAGCAUUUCUGUCGUUGGAGGUGCUGAAGGAACAAGUCCUUCAAAAAUGAGAGCGUUUAUCAAUCAAGAUGGUAUUGAUUUCUCUGAUGCUCAGAACAUGCAACCUGUGCAGGAGUGGGAGCUGGCAGAGAAUUUGCAUGGAAUUCUGGAAUACCAGACAAGAUACGCGAGAUUUCAAAGCGUGGGCAGCCUUACGUUGCAUUUUCCGGGGAAUUUUGGUGCAAGUACAACUAAGAUUUACUAUAUUGGCUUGCGCGGUGAAGCUACUCAGUUAAAGAGAGAUGCCGUGACAAAUGUUGUUUAUGAACUUUACCCCAAUCCAUCAGAGCACAAAAUCAGUGAUGCUGGGGGAUCCUCACAAGUGGAGUAAGAGCAGGUGAGCUAUGCAAC